ACUUGCAACUCAUAGUCGACAUCGAAUCUCAGUGUACGCCAAUGUUCUUGACAUUUUCUCGAUGAGUUGAGUGAACCUGCAGUGCUCAUAUGCAAACCCGAGUAAGUUAAAACUCAGGCAAGAACGACCGGUAGCACCGAACGUUCAGACUCCCGGGCCGUCUUCAAACCACACUUUGGUUGGUUCCCGCCGCAAGUGACUGCCCGGCCAAUGACAAGCUACCCCGCCCUUCCUCUGAUGCGCUCACAGAAUUUUUUUAAACUUCUGGCGCAAGGCACAACCCCAAGACAUUGAAGUGAAUACUUUGUGUAACGAGACACCAGAAUCCACCCAUGACAAACAUCUGAAUCCCAAGGAAACAUCCACAAGAUUCAAGAGGCCGGGAAAAGCGUCACCCCUUAGGCUCUGUGAAAUUAGCUUCAAAAUUGCUGCCUUUUUGUUUCACCCACACUUGGACAGCCAAAUUGGUCACAGAAACAGCGAGACCCGUCUCAACCAGAAUAUCUCGAGAGUUACCCCUCCAAGGGAAGAGGACUCGAAGUCACUUUUUCCCACCCCUCGUCAGGUCAACUCACUCAAACCCAGUAUCUCACACUCACAUUCACCAACAUCACACAUCUUACCAUGUCGUCAUCAUCCACCACCGAAAACUGCCGUCUCGUAGUCCUCUGCUCCGGCUCCGGCACGAACCUGCAAGCCGUCAUCAACGCGGUCGCCGACGGCACCGUACCGCAAAGCAAGAUUGAAAAGGUCAUUGUGAACCGCAAGACCGCCUACGCCGUCCAGCGCGCGGAGAAGGCGGGCAUCCCGACGCGGUACUUCAACCUCGUCUCGGGCGGCUUCACGGCCAAGGGCGAAAAGGACGAGGCCAAGCUGUGCGAGGGCCGCGGCCGGUACGACGCGGCGCUGGCCGAGCUCGUGCUGCAGGACAAGCCGGACCUCGUCGUCCUCGCCGGGUGGAUGCACGUGUUCAGCGCGCCGUUUUUGCGGCCGUUGGAGGCUGCUGGCGUUCCGGUUAUUAAUCUUCAUCCGGCGCUGCCUGGCCGUUAUGAUGGUGCCAACGCGAUUGGCAGGGCAUACGAAGACUUCCAGGCCGGCAAGCUUGAGAACAACCGGACCGGAGCAAUGAUUCACUAUGUCAUUGAGACGGUGGACCGUGGAGAGCCUAUCCUCAUUGAGGAGGUCGAGAUUCGCUCGGGUGACAGUCUGGCAGAUGUGGAAGAGCGUAUGCACAGUGUCGAACACGGUCUCAUUGUCAAGGCCACCGCAAAGGUCGUGCAGGAGAUUUUGGAAAAGAAGAAGCAGUAAAUCGAGACGUUGGUAGUAUAGGGGCAAACACGUCGGGGAGCUUUCGUGACACAAGACUUCAACGUCGUCACACGUCAUCAGUCAGACUCACCGCUAGGCGUUGUAUGAGCCUGGGGUCAGCUUCUGGGCUCAGUCCCUUUGGUCUUUUCGAGAUGCAGCGUCUACUUAUGUGGCCAGUUGUGUAGGCUUCUUGCAACAUUCAGAGUCAAAGGCCUGGCGGGUAUUUACGGCCCUCAAAGAGCCAUCGGGUCACGAACAGGUACAGUUGCCCAUCUACCAUGGCAAAGAGCCGAGCAAGCCAUGUUUGCAUUGAAAGGGAGUUUGUCAACCAAACAGAUGGCCCAUGAAGGCAAGUUUUCAAGGAAACAUGGCCCAGAGAGGUUAUCCAUGGUAGGAACUGGAUCAGGAACACAUCCUGCGGCUCUUCUCUACUCGGCUCGAUUUUCAAAAAGAGGGCACUCAAUGAAAGAACUCUCUGAGCCAAUGGACCACAUAUUUCGAGCUGCGACCGCCAAGCGACAUUGUCCCUAGUCAUGAUCUAUGGUGGUCUUUUGUCGGUUGUUGUUGAUCUGAAGCCAAUAAGAAGACCUGAG